AUGAUGGCUAUGAACAGUAAGCAGCCCUUCUCCAUGCACCCAAUGCUGCAGGAGCCCAAGUACUCCAGCCUGCACUCCAGCACAGAGGCUAUGCGCAGGGUCUGCCUGCCAGCCCCCCAGCUCCAGGGCAAUAUAUUUGGAGGCUUUGAUGAGAGUUUGCUGGCCCGUGCUGAAGCUCUGGCGGCUGUGGAUAUUGUCUCACACGGCAAGAACCAUCCUUUCAAACCAGACAUCACCUACCAUACCAUGAGCAGUGUCCCAUGCACUUCUACCUCCUCCACAGUGCCCAUCUCUCACCCCUCUUCUCUGACAACGCAUCCCCAUCACUCAGUGCAUCAAUGCUUGGAGGGGGACCUGCUGGACCAUAUCUCACCUACCUUGACUGUAAGUGGCAUGGGAACCGCUGACCACACUGUGAUGUCCUCACAACUCCAUCCACAUCACCUGGGUGCCAUGGGGCAUCUGCAUCAAGCCAUGGGCAUGGGCCACCCUCACUCAGUUUCUGCUCACAAUGGGAUGUCCUGCAUCAACGAUGUGGAGUCGGAUCCUAGGGAGCUUGAGGCUUUUGCUGAAAGGUUCAAACAGAGGAGGAUAAAACUUGGAGUUACUCAGGCAGAUGUUGGAGCGGCUUUGGCCAAUCUCAAGAUACCAGGUGUUGGGUCUCUAAGCCAGAGCACCAUCUGCAGGUUUGAGUCCUUGACAUUGUCCCAUAACAACAUGAUAGCUCUGAAACCAGUCCUUCAGGCUUGGCUAGAAGAAGCUGAGGCUGCCUAUAGAGAGAAGAACUCAAAACCAGAGCUCUUUAACGGGAGUGAGCGAAAGCGCAAACGCACCUCUAUCGCAGCACCAGAGAAGAGGUCCUUAGAAGCUUACUUUUCCAUCCAGCCCAGACCUUCCUCGGAGAAAAUAGCAGCUAUUGCUGAGAAACUGGACCUUAAAAAGAACGUGGUUCGAGUCUGGUUUUGUAAUCAAAGACAAAAACAGAAAAGGAUGAAAUAUUCUGCAGUCCAUUAA